AUGGAUAGGAGUUGGAUAGACGAUGCGAACCAUAUCUCCGCUCAAUAUUUGGACGGGGUCAGGGCUUUCUUAGAUUUCGCAUUUAAAGAUCGUAGCUCUGAAUCUUGCAUCUAUUGCCCCUGUACAUCUUGCGGAAAUCGCUUAACAAAAUCUCGUAGAGAUGUCUUGCUCCAUUGUAUUCGUUAUGGAUUCGACCAAACCUACAAGGUUUGGACUUGCCACGGAGAAGGAGAGGUGAACCAUGCUGUUGCAAACGACAAUAUGCCAAUGCGUUGGGAGGAGGAACUAGAACUUCUAUUGCGAGAGUGUGCAUAUACAGAGCACACCGAUCCGGGGCCCAGUGGAAAUGAACCUCAUAGGGAUGACGAAAAUGAACAUAUACAUCAUGGCAGUAAGGGGUAUAGAAAGAUGUUAGAAGAUGUAGAGAAAGAGCUCAUACCAGGGUGCAAGAAGAUGAGUAGACUCUCGUUUAUCGCACGGCUUUUGCACUUGAAGGUUUUGUGCCACUGGUCUAAUAAUUCUAUUGAUUUGCUGUUAGAGCUGUUACGGGAUGCACUUCCAGACGAUGUUGUCCUUCCGAAGAACUUCUAUGAGGCUAAUAAGCUGACCAAGGACUUGGGGUUCACAUGCAAGACUAUCCAUGCGUGCAUCAACAAUUGCAUGUUGUUUACUGGGGAAGAUGUUGACCGUGAGGUUUGUGUUGUGUGUGGGGAAAAGCGAUUUACACAGGGUAAAGAUAGAUCUCCAGUGAAGAAGUUAAGGUACUUUCCAUUAAUUCCGCGAUUGCAGCGAUGGUACGUAUCUUCCAAAACUGCAUCUUCUAUGAGAUGGCAUGCCGAAGGGCGUGUAGACGAUGGCAAGAUGCGUCAUCCAGCAGAUAGUCCUGCGUGGAAGAGUUUCGAUCAUCGGUACCCGACGUUCUCUGAGGAGAUUCGCAACGUACGCCUCGGUCUGGCCACUGACGGUUUCAACCCUUUUGGGAAUAUGAGUGUGAGUUAUAGUAUUUGGCCCGUCGUACUUGUGAUAUAUAACCUACCUCCGUGGCUGUGCAUGAAGCAACCAUCGUUCAUCCUCUCUACGAUUAUAGACGGCCCGCAUGGCCCGGGGGAUCGGAUUGAUGUCUUCCUUCAACCUUUGAUCGAUGAGCUUAAGGAGCUUUGGUAUGAUGGUGUUCGGACGUACGAUGCGAGUACUAAGGAGGAUUUCCAGAUGCGAGCUGCAUUGCUGUGGACUAUUAGUGAUUUUCCCGGUUACGGUAUGUUGUCAGGGUGGCCGACUCGUGGGGCGAAUGCAUGCCCUGUUUGUGGUUUAAAAACUCAUUCCAGAUACCUGAAAAAUGGACAUAAGUAUAGCUAUUGCGGGCAUCGACGGUUCCUGCCGGCUGGGCAUAGAAUGCGCUUUGAUAAACAUGCAUUUGACGGUUCGAUGAGCUUUGACGGAAAGCCUUCUCGCUUGACCGGCGCUGAACUUCUGCAGCAGCUUCAGGAUAUGCCUACUGAGUAUCGUACGGUUGACUUGAUUGAGAAACGCAUUGCACAGGGGUCUCGCAAGCGUCGCCGGGGGGUGGACGGGCAGCAACAGGUGUGGAAAAAAAAGAGCAUAUUCUUUCAGCUCCCUUAUUGGUCUGAGAAUGAGGUACGUCACAACCUCGACUUGAUGCACAUUGAAAAGAAUGUGUGUGAGAAUGUACUGUAUACAUUGUUGGGAACUAAGGGGAAAACAAAGGACAAUCUGAACACGAGGAAAGACUUACAGUUGAUGCAAAUACGUAGUUCUUUACACCCGGUAUCGGGUCCUAGGGGCGCUAUAUAUUUGCCGGCAGCUACGUACACCAUGAGUAACCCCGAAAAACGGAUAUUCCUAUCUGUGUUGAAGGACCUCCGACCACCUCAUGGGUUCAGUUCAAACUUAUCGUGUCGUGUGAAGGUAGAACAACAACUAAUAUGGGGACUUAAGAGCCACGAUUGCCAUGUUCUUAUGCAACGAAUUCUACCUAUUGCUGCCCGACGGCAUCUUCCCAAAAAUGUUGUGCUCGUGUUGAUUGAACUUUGUAACUUCUUCAAUUCGAUGUGCUCAGCUCAUAACACAGUUCGUGAACUGGAGCGAAUAAAUUACACAUCUCAACAGAUGGUCAUCUAUGUGGGGAGGGGGGGUCGGUGA